AGCGCGGCUGCGUCGGCAGCCCUGGGGGCUCCUUCUGCUGCCCCGAGCCUGCAGAGCAGGCCAGCGUUUGCUGCUGCUCUGAGCCCUUGCUAAAGAUCCUGUCGGGCUGUCUUAGACACUUGGGGCCAGGGAUUCCUUCACACCUGGGACACUUUGGGUGGGCUGGGGGCGGCCCCAGGGCAGGAGGCAGUGUGUGCAAGGGCCCUUGGUGGCACGUUGCAGCACGGUCACCGUGGCAUGGAACGGAAGCCGGUGUCCAAGGCCCUUUCUGGCAGGUGCUGACAUAGGAGCCCGUUACCGUGCACGGAACACAACGGAACAGAACGGAACUGAGCGGUGCCGUCAGGAGCCCCAGCACAGCGCACUCGUCCACCUCUGACCCGCAGCUUUUCCGCAGCCUUGUUCCUGCAGCUGACCUCGAGGCCAGAGCACAGGACUCGGUGAGCCGUGGCAGAGCGGGGGACUUGGUGCCCCAGAGCUUUUCCUUUCCUUUCCUUUCGUUUUUCAGGCCUCUCUCCUGCAAGUGGCUCCAGUCCCUGACAUGGAGCAGAGACCCCCGAGAGUGCCCAAGCUGGCCUGGGUGGAGGAGGAGGAAGAAGAAGGCCCUGCAGCUGCCCCAGCACAGGAGACUGAAGAGGUGCUGCCGUUCCAUCCACCUCAGGAGGGUGAGUGGCAGAGCUAGGCCGCAGGGCUGGGGCCUGCACCCAGCUUCGCCCCAUGCCAUGCCAUACCAUGCCAUGCCAUUCCCUGGGGAAAUGCCCAUGGACAGGACGGAAGAGGGGCCGGGCAGACAGCCCGCAGUGGCCGUGCUCCAUCCCCCUGGGGCAUCCCGGGCUCUCCCUGCCUGGGGAGCGCAGGGCUGGGCUGUGUUCUCCGGCCUCUCCCGCAGCCCCUCAGCUCUGGCUGCGCUCGCUCUUUGCCAGAUGCAGCCCUGCAGCGCACACAGGAGCAGCAAUCCAGCCGUGGCCGCUUCCGCAGAACGGCGCAGGUACCUGCAGCCAUCCCCCCCUGGGCUGGGCCUGCUGCCCCUGCUCAGCCGAGCACCGUGUGUGGAGCACUGCAUGGAACACCCCUGGCUUCUUGCCCUUCUCCUACAGCUCGUUUGCACAUUCCUCAAGAGCAUUGGGCAGGAAGAGAGCAGCACCAUGGGCACUGGGCUCAGAGCACACUCAGAGCUCCUCAAACAUCAGACCAGUGCCGCCCUGCUGGAUUUGCUGGUGGAGAAGGGUGUUUCCAGGCCAGAACAAGUGCCCGCCAUGGUGAGGUUCAUCCACCAGUGGCUCGUGGCCAAUGACUCCGCCGAGCACAGGCUGGACAAGACCCUGCUGCAUCUCACCGAAGCACACCCGGAUGACGCAGUCAUGACGCUCCUGCGUGUGGCCCCGUCCUGUGACAGGUAUGGGGCCCACCAGCCCAGAGGGCUCAGGGCUCCCCAGCCCAUCACCCUGUACAGCCUGUGCCAUGUGUCUGAGCAGCAGAGAGUUCCAGGGCCCUCUGUCUGCUCCCUUUCCCAGACCUGGCAUGCCAGCCCCCAAGCCUGCUGCCAUGCUCCCUUGCCACCCCUCAGGGCUCUGUCCCCACAGUGCUGGGCUGCCCGGGUGCUGCUGGCGAGGGGCAGUGGGCAGAAGCAGAUCCCUGGAGAUGCCCAGGCCACGGUGCUGUGUCUGAGACCCCCCUGAGACAGAGCUCUAACCCUGCAGAGCUGCCAUGGCCAUGUGGAAGACCAUCAUGUGCUCGCCCAGGACUGCGGAGCCAGCGCAGCUGAGACUCCUGGAUGUGCUGGGGAGCUGGCCAGAGAGCAGCACAUGCACCUCCGAUGGGGACAGAACGGGUGUCUUUGCCCUGGCUGUGAGUUUCUGCAAUGGCCUUUGCUGGCCCAAGGCCGCCUCUCCAGCAGCUCUCCAUCCUCCUUCCCCCGCUGCAUCUCCCGGCCUCGGGCGCUGGCCUGACACCUGGCCUAGGGGCAGCUUCAGGGCCACCAGGCCCCGUGCUCCCCCUGCCUCUCUCCGGGCCUCUCCCUGCCACGCUCGGGCCCUGCCACACGGACACCUCAGCCACACUGAGCGCUGUCUCGGGGGGCUUUGUCCUUUGCAGGCAACUGUGGUGAUGUGGAAGAUCCUCCAGGAGCCCCGUGUCCCACGCGUAGUGACGGCCUAUUUCCCCCGCGUGUUUGUGCAUCUGCUCUUCCAAGUGUUCUUCAGCACAGAAGAGAUGCCAGAGGGGCUCGAGACCUUCUGGAAGGGAUGCCAGGAAGAGCACGGCCUUGCCACCAGCCCCAACAGGUGCUCCAUCCCAGUCCUCCUGUCCCUGCCACAUGGCCAGGGCAGGAGCCAGUGCUGCCAGUGUGACCUGCGCUUUGCUCUGCACACAGGUUUGCAGUGCAGACCCUCAAGUCCCUGCUCUGCCUUCUCCAGUGUGAGCAUGUGGUGGUGUCAAUGGAAGGCAAGCGUGGCUGGGACAAGCUGCUCUGUGUUGAUAGCCACCACUAUGCCGUGGCUCUGCUGGCCGGGUGAGACCCCCCUUCUCCCCAUUGCUCCCGGCAUUUGUGCCCUGUUCCCGGGCUGUCCCACACAGUCCCCGUGGCUGUGGGCCAAGGGGACGAGGGACAGCCGAGCAGACUGGAAAAGGCUGCGAGAGGAGGGUGCCCAGGAGCAGCCAGAUCUCAAAGGGCCCGGGUCCCCUCGCAGGUGCUGGGGGAAGACAAGAGCUGUGUGAGUCAGUGCUGGGAGAGACUUCCCCCCCGCCCCGGCUCAGGGUCUUAGUGCAUUUUCCACCUUCCAGGGAGAUGCGCCAUGCAUCCAGGCCCUUGUGUAAAAGCAUCUUAUGCUGCCUCCUUGAGAUGCUCAGCAAAGAGAUGCCCUACUGGGAUUUCCCUGCCCUGGCAUUCCUUGCGGAGGUGAGCCUGACGGCUGGCACUGCCUGGCUGAGCUGCCUGCCAGCUCUCUGCCCUCUCGUAGCCGCAGCCGCCUGGGACGGUGCCCGCGCCCUGUGCUGCUGCCUGGGCCCAGCCCUGUGCGUUUCUGGGCUCCUGCCGGCCGGCUCCCCGUCACUGCCCUGUGCCUUUCAGGUCCUCGAGUGCCUGGACUUGAGGGAAUGCAGGGACAGCAUCAUGGAUGUCUUAUCAAGGCACCUGCGGAGGGAGCGUGCAGACAUUGGCAGCCAGCUUCUCAGGGCCCUCCUGCCGCACAGGGACGAUUCCCCGCUGGUGAGAAGGGGGCAGUGGCUGAAGCCGUGCAGGCAGCGUGGGCAACGCAGUCGCUCGGGCUUGCCUGGGCUUCGAGCGCUGGGGCAGCUGCUCCCGGCUCUCCUGCCUCCCACUACAGCUGCCCGAGUGCUUCGGGACAGGCCUUUGGCCUCUAGGCCCCGCGGCAGCAGGCUGGCCUUUCACAACCUUGCGCUCCGCACAGGCCGAAAGAAUGCGGAGCCUGACCGAAGGGCUCGUGGAGCUCCUGCGCGUCAGGAUGACCACCGUUCUCCUGGCCUAUCUCUUCCUGGAUAACGGUGCCCGCAUACCCAGCCCCAUCGCCCUGCAGCUGGCUAAGGUGUUCCUGCCACUCUUGGACAACGUAAGGCUCUGUGCCCCCAGCCACGGCCACUGGCUGCUGCCCGCACACCUGGUGCCCUGUGGAGAUGCAGGCCUGCGCCAGUGGGGGCCAGAAUCAGCUGAUGCUGAGCUCUUGUUUGCUUCCUGUUAUACAGGGUGAUAGCCAGGUGCAGCAGCUCUCCGUCUCUGUUUUCCAAACUUUGAUGUCAUCGGUAGAAGAAGAAGGAAAAGAGGCCCUGAUGACACCAGUGUGUCAGAGCCUGCUCCCACUCCUCUUCCACUGCCAUGAUGGGAAUCAGCGUGUGGCAGAGGUGAGGACUCGUGGGCUGCUGCUGUCCCCCUGGGAGGGGGCUCAGCUGCCUCCUGCCCUGGCGCCUGGCAGCCCGCAGCCUCCUCCAGGCCACGGCACAGGGACGCGGCUCCUGUGCCCUGGGCUGUGGGGCCAUCUCCGCGUCUCUGCCGCUCUCCAGGCUUCUCGGGAAACGCUGCUUCGUGCGGUCAAGUUCCUGAAAAGGAAAGAUCUGGAACAAGCUGUCAAGAAAGAGAAGCUCUCUGAGUUCGCUGAGGUCCUGCUGGCAGAGGACAGGAGCCGAGCGGCCGAGCACCUGCGCCGGGCCCUGCGCUACCUGGAGAGCCCACAGGAGCCCCUGCGAGAGGCGGCCAUCCGCUUCAUGGGUGAGCCCCGAGCCCGGGCUCCCUCCCCGCCCCGCCGCAGCGCGGCCCCGGCCCCGCCUGCAGCCCCGGCAGCGCCGGCCGGGCCCGGCGCCGUGGAGCCCCGCCCGGGCUCGGCGCUGCUGCCGCCCUCUGGCAGCCGUGCCCUGGGGCGGCAGCGUGCGGCAAGGGCCCGGGCUGAGCCCUGCCGGGCCAGCAGGGCGUGUGGCCACAGCGCCGGCAGCGCCGCCGGCAGGGAGCUGUGCCGCCGGCGCCGUGACAGGCUCUGUGUUCACAGGGAUGGCCGGGCGGCACCUGAGGGGGCAGCAGCAGGAGCUCCAGCUGAUCUGCAGUGCCCUUGAACGCCUGACGGAGGACAUGAGCAGUGCCGUGUCAGAGCUGGCACUUCAAACGCUGCAUGUCCUCCGGGCAAUACAGCGCGGGCGAUAUCCCAUCUUGCAGAGGCUGCAAGAUCAGCUGCGCAGGGCCUGGAAGACUCGGCCUCGUCUGUCGGGUCUCGGCUGGCUGCACUGCAGGAGCUCUGCAGAGAGCUGAGCCGGGAGGCUCCCACUGCUGGGGCAACCUGAGCCAGCAGGGAAUUUCCUUUUCUUUAAGAUUUUGCUUUUCUU